AGCCGCUGGCGCCACUAGAGGAGGGCGAGCGGCGCGGCAGAGUGCGGCGCAGCGCAGCUCCUUAGGUUUUGGUUAUGAACAGGAUUCGGAUUCACGUCUUGCCAACCAAUCGGGGGAGGAUCACUCCAGUGCCCAGGUCUCAGGAACCUCUGUCUUGUGCAUUCACUCAUCGUCCAUGCUCUCACCCUCGUCUGGAGGGGCAGGAGUUUUGCAUUAAGCAUAUCCUCGAAGACAAGAAUGCACCCUUCAAGCAGUGUAGUUAUAUAUCGACGAAGAAUGGAAAAAGAUGUCCCAAUGCUGCCCCAAAGCCAGAGAAGAAAGAUGGGGUGUCCUUCUGUGCUGAACAUGUCCGUAGGAAUGCCCUGGCACUUCACGCUCAAAUGAAGAAGACCAACCCAGGGCCUGUGGGUGAAACACUCCUGUGCCAGCUGAGCUCAUAUGCUAAGACAGAGCUGGGGUCUCAGACUCCAGAAAGUAGUCGCAGUGAAGCCAGCCGAAUACUAGAUGAAGACAGCUGGAGUGAUGGGGAGCAGGAACCCAUUACUGUGGAUCAGACAUGGAGAGGUGACCCUGACAGUGAAGCUGAUAGCAUAGACAGUGAUCAAGAAGAUCCCCUAAAACAUGCUGGUGUCUACACAGCAGAAGAAGUGGCCCUGAUUAUGCGUGAAAAGCUAAUUCGUUUGCAGUCGUUGUAUAUUGAUCAGUUUAAACGACUUCAGCAUCUGCUCAAGGAGAAGAAGCGCCGGUACUUACAUAAUCGCAAAGUGGAACAUGAAGCUCUAGGCAAUAGUCUCCUGACUGGCCCAGAGGGACUUUUGGCCAAAGAACGAGAGAACUUAAAGCGAUUAAAAUGUCUGCGUCGAUACCGCCAGCGCUAUGGAGUGGAAGCCUUACUGCAUAGGCAGUUGAAGGAACGGAGAAUGCUGGCCACAGAUGGUGCCGCCCAACAGGCCCAUACCACUCGUUCCAGUCAGAGGUGCUUGGCCUUUGUGGAUGAUGUUCGUUGUUCCAAUCAGUCUCUUCCAAUGACCAGACACUGCCUUACCCAUAUUUGUCAGGAUACGAAUCAGGUUCUCUUCAAGUGCUGCCAGGGAUCUGAAGAGGUACCCUGCAACAAACCUGUUCCUGUAAGCCUCUCUGAGGAUCCCUGCUGCCCACUGCAUUUCCAGUUGCCUCCUCAGAUGUAUAAGCCCGAGCAGGUACUGUCUGUGCCAGACGAUCUGGAAGCCGGCCCCAUGGAUCUGUACUUGAGUGCUGCUGAGCUUCAGCCCACUGAGAGUUUACCUCUGGAGUUCAGUGAUCCUCUGGCCACGAUGAAUCUACUUUUUGUCUCUGAUUUUGCUUAUUCUGGACAUUUCAUAUCAAUGUAAUAGUAUAUGUAUCCUUUUGUGUCUUGCUUGUUUCACUUAGCAUAAUGUUUUCAAGGUUUAUCCAUACUAUAAUAUGUAUCAAUACUUCAUUCCUUUUUGUGACUGAAUUAAUAUUCCAUUGUUUGGAAAUACCACGCUUUAAAAAUAUAUCAGUUGAUGGAUAUUUGUGCUGUUUCUACUUUCUGGCUAUUAAGGAAUAUACUGUUAAGAACUUUUGAGACAGAGUUUCUGUCGGUGGCAUGAGCCACCACGCCCAGCUUAGUUAUCAUUUUUAUAACUUUUUUUUUUUUUAAAUUGGGGUCUUGCUCUGUUGCUCAGGCUGGAGUGCAGUGGCAUGAUCAUGGCUCAGUGCAGCCUCGAACUCCUGGGCUUAAGUGAUCCUCCUGCCUCAGUCUCCCAAGUAGCUGGGACUAUAGGUUUGUGCCACCAUGCCCAGCCAAUUUUUUAUUUUUUGUAUAGAUGAGAUCUCCCUAUGUUGCAUGGGCUGGUCUUCAACUCCUAGGCUCAAGUGAUCCUCUUACCUUGGCCUCAAGUGAUCCUCUUACCUUGGCCUCCCAAAGUGCUGGGAUUACAAGCAUGAACCACUGUGCCUGGUCACUAUAACUUGGCUUUUUUUUUUUAGACUGAGUCUUGUUCUGUUGUUCAAGCUGGAGUGCAGUGAUGUGAUCUCAGCUCACUGCAGCCUCUGCCUUCAGGGUUCAAGUGAUUCUUGUGCUUCACCCUCCUGGGUAGCUGGGACUACAGGUGUGCGCCAGCAGGCCUUGCUGAUUUUUGUAUUUUUUGUAGAGACAGGGUUUCACCAUGUUGGCCAGGCUGGUCUCUAACUCCUGGCCUCAAGUGAUCCACCCACCUUGGCCUCCCAAAGUGCUGGGAUUAUAGGCAUGAUUCACCAUUCCUGGCCUAUAACUGUUAAUGAUAACGUUGGUGAUUUUACUUGUGGGAAGACUAGGCAUCAGAUAUUAAUAUGAGUAAAAACACAGCCGUUCAUUCUGGAUAUUUGCUUGUUUUCUGUGCUUUGAUGCAAGGGUGGUUGGCAAGUAGUAACUUAACACCUUAAUCUCACUACUUUUGAGUUCCUUCUCUCUCAUUCUCUAUUGCUGGUUUUGGAGAUAGUAACAAAACGUGGAUUCU